AUGGCGUGCUGUGGCAAGACAUGCUCCAAGGUUUCUAUUUGCGUUGGCAUUCUGCUGGUGAUCGGAGGGAUUGCCUUAGCCCUGGCGGGCGCGCUGUCCAUCGCCAACAUCAGCAUCAAUGUCAGCGCUACCAUCGACGGAGACAUGACGGGGGUGCUUGCAGCGCCCUCCGAUCUCGCCUGUCCCUACGUCAUCUUUAUCGAGAAGACUGCAGAUUGUACUCUCUUCGACAGCUCGGCCGUGGUGUCCACAGGAGCGACGCUGAACACCGACCUUUGCGGCAGCGAGGAGCUGCCAGAUGACGGCCCUGAGCGUGCACCCGCCCGGCGCGGCAUCCAG